GCAAGACAAAUAGGGAACGUCACAGUAAUGGAGUGGUUUCCGAGAGGUCGGGUUUGCCAGCUCGGACUGUUCACGUUUGUCGUUUUUAUUUGGUUAAAAUAGGAUGUAAUUUGGGGGAUGCGCACCGUUAUCUCCGGUAGCUCAUUCAGACUUCCAUGGAUGCCGUAGAUGCUACAAGCAAUAGGUGGAUCCACCACUGGCACUUGGCAAAGGCUCAUCAAUUGUGGUCGGCUUGUAUGAUAAUAUUAAAGGACGUAAGUUUAUGUUGGCAAUGGGGAAGGAGUGUGCAUUAACUUUUUUUUUUUAUUUCUUUUUUUUACUGUGAAUUAACAUAUUUUAGACUCGACGUCUCCAUUGGAAUAUAUAUCCAACGGAUCUCUGUACAUUUUGAACUUACGUUCUAAUUCAUUCAUGUGUUUUUUUCGAGUGUUGCUUUGUAGGUUCGCAGGUUGGACCUAUAAUGUUGGAGUAGGCCUAUUUGAAAAAUAAAGGCUAGCCUAGUGUAAAACAUUCAUAAUACAUAGCCUAUUCGGAAUAGCUACACUUUUAUCAAAUAAAGCACACAUUUGGAAACUGGUUGAAACAAAGAUUUUGAGUGACUGAAAGAACAACAAGUAAAGUACAAUAGUGGAAAACAUGUUGCCUUCACAAGAAGCCGCCAAGAUUUACAUUGACAACUAUAAGCGGAAUUCUCGCACUAUCGGGGUAGUCUGGGCGAUAUUCACCAUAUGCUUUGCCAGCAUCAACGUGUUGGUCUUUAUUCAGCCCUACUGGAUUGGGGACAGCGUGAGCUCACCUGCGGUGGGUUACUUUGGUUUGUUCCAUCAGUGCAUUGGGCAAGUUGCGGACAAACGGGAGCUCAGCUGCUCCGGUAGCUUUGCGGAAUUCAGCUCCAUCCCAUCCGUCGCCUUCAAAGCGGCCUCGAUCUUCGUGCUGCUGUCAGUGGUGUUGAUUCUGGGCUGCAUCGUUUGCAUGGCGCUCUUCUUUUUCUGCAACACAGCAACCGUCUACAAGAUCUGUGCUUGGAUGCAGCUUCUAUGCGCUGUGUGCUUGGUGUUCGGCUGUGCGAUCUUCCCGGACGGAUGGGACGCAGAGGUGGUGCAGGAGCUGUGUGGGGAGAAGACCGGAAAGUACGCCCUGGGGAAGUGCUCGGUCCGCUGGGCUUACAUACUGGCCGUCAUCGGCAUUCUGGAUGCCCUGAUCCUCUCUUUCCUGGCGUUUGUUUUGGGCAACCGACAGAACGACAUGUCCCUGGAGGAGCUCUGGGCUGACAACCAUAAAGAUUUCGCUGUCUCCAGGGGGUGUGACUGAACAGCACACACUGUCAUAGAUGUUGAGGCUCAGGACAGAAGGAGUGACCCGAGGUAUGUCACAGUCCAGCGGUUCCACUGAUCCUUGCCUUGGAUGCUCCUUCUCAUCCAGUGAUCUGCCUACUGUCCAGUUAGGCUCUGUGUAAAGGCCACAUGCGUGGCAUUCUGAAAUAAAUCUGGGAGAAGCUGUAUUCUACGAAGGAGACAAUAAGUCGCAAAGUGCAUUAACACUAAUUUAAAAAGAGGAAUAAAAUGUGUCCAGAUGGAACUUUAAAUUUCAAUAUCUCUGGGAUUUUAGAUGCUAUACCUACAAAGCAAUGCAUUUUUUUGCUGCUGGUACAGUGGACAAAAACAAUAUCACCCUUCAGUGGAAACACUGUGCAAUGUAUUUCUACCCUUUGCAUUAUAAUUGAAAUACAAAAAUUAGAGUCAAGUAGUAUUUGUUUCAGUAUACCCCAUGAAACAAAGCUUUUGGAGGUUCGUUCUUAAGGUAUUUACUAUAAAUCAAUGAAAAGUAAAGAAUCAUUUCUGAAAAGAUUCAACAGACCAGGCUAGAUUGGUCACAAAUUACAGAAAGACAUGAUAUUAGGCUUUAGCCCUGUCUGCUGCAUUACCCUGGGGCCUAACACUGGAGCCUAAGGACUCCCCCACACCAUCCAACAACUGGAGCCAACGGACUCCCCCAAACCAUCCAACAACUGGAGCCAAAUGACUCCCCCACCCCAUCUAACCACUGGAGCCAAAGGACUCUCCCACACCAUCCAACAACUGGAGCCAAAGGACUCCCCCACCCCAUCCUAAAACUGGAGCCAAAGGACUCUCCCACACCAUCCAGCAACUGGAGCCUAAGGACUUCCCCCACACCAUCCAACAACAGGGGCCACAGGUCUCCACAGCACCACCUUAACAGGCCUUCUACUGCACAUAGCAGUGACCAAAACACACUGUGCCUGGACCAGUGUGGAUUUAACCUGAUGACCCCAUGAUGGGACUAGUCAACAUCUGGACAAAAGUGACCAUCCACGUAUGUAGAGGCAGUUUUUCUACCCCAAAACAUUUUCAGGUAGCAUCUGGAGUAAUGAGUAGUGUGUACUGUAAAUUGCACACAGCUUUGGUAAAUUCAAGAAGCAAAAUGCCUGUGUAUAAGGUGGCAGCUAAUUCUCAGGAAGCUGUACUGUAAGACAAGACCCUACUGUUACUCCCGGAAAGUGACUUAGACUUGAUUGGACACAAAGAUUUCAAACACUGCUUUUGUAAAUACUUGACAACUUAUUUCUUUACCCAAUGUACACACCACUGCACCUUUAGGUGCCUGGUCAACUCUACGGGUUACAUAAUCAGUGACUCAAGUUUUCUUCCGGCUCUGAAGUUGACUCUAGAAGGAUUACUAAAGUGUUAUUUGGCUGGACUUCACACUCCUUUUGUUGUCAAGUCUAACCCAUAAUGAAAUUAGUUGACCCAUACUUGAUCUACCAGGAACCAAAUAUGGUUUAUCAAGGGGUUGUCCCAUGGGGGCAAUCUAAUACUGUGUUUAAUAUGAUUGCAUGUAAGAUGAGAUUGAUAGAUAAUGGGUUAGAUACGACAGAUACUGCAUAUUAUCUACACACAAAUUUUUUUCCCUGUAUGGUUCUUUGGCUGUCUCUGUGGGGGAAAGCUUUUUUUGUUCUAGGAAGAACACAUUUUUUAUAUCAGGGUGAAAAGAAAAUCUCCCAGCAGGACAGCUGAAGAAUCCUAAUGGAACAGUUUUUCUUAUUUUAGAGUUUAAAAUAUUUUAAGGUAUAAGAUUUUGGAUAUAAGUCUCAGUCAGUUCAUACUUUUUUAUACCUUACCCACAAAAUAAUUUGCCAAAUAUCCUGCCAUAAUAAAAUAAUCAUUUAUGACAAUUUAAGUAAGAUAAGUAAGAUAUUGAAUACAUCAGGGGGUAGGCAACCAUGUUCCAGAAGUACUUCAGAACUGCUGAAUUUUGUUCCAACAAAACACAACAAUCUGUUGUGUAGGCUAAAUAAAUAAAUAUGAAUUGCCUGCGGAACUUGGUAUACAGGAUUUAAUUCAGCUUUCAUUCGAGUUGUACAGUAUGCGUUAUGUAAUGGAGCUGUAACGUAUUGCGAGACACUCAAAUGUGAUGAUAUUUGUAUAAUAUGUUUAGCCAAGAAUGCAAAAUAUAUUGAAAGAGUGCUGUUUCAGCAACAACAUCAAUAUCAACAACCAGAUGUAAAACAUUCUCCAUUGUCUAAUAAUUGUCUUAUUACAUGAACAUGUCAAUAUCUUGUACUGUAGCAUUUUCUAUUUGACAGGAUUCUAUGACAUUAUUACAAUAGAUGUGUGAAUAAACAAUAGCUCAUAUUCACUAUCAGAAAAUACAGUUUUGAAGCAUUUUGAGGUGCCUGGUCUGAAGCUGACAAUCCUUUUCCAGAGUAAACAUGUUGGACAAAAUGUGACAGACAACCCUCGCCAAAAUCUGUCCACAGCGAGGCCAAUCCUACAUUUUUAUAUCAAAUGCAAUGUGUCCACAGUGGUAUACCUAAUUUCAUGGUUUUAGAACGACAGCUGCUGCGUGCAUAUACAUGUAUUUAGAUAUUUGUAGACACAUACAGUGGGGAGAACAAGUAUUUGAUACACUGCUGAUUUUGCAGGUUUUCCCACUUACA